GCAACGAAACAUGUCUGAGAAAAACAUGGAGAAAGUUGAUCGCGCUACAAACAGUAAAAACAUGUCUCUGCCUAUGUCCAGGGUGCGGUUGAUUAUGAAGAGCUCACCUGAUGUGUCCUUUAUCAACCAGGACGCACUUUUCUUGACAACAAAAGCAACGGAGCUUUUUGUCCAGUACUUGACUGAGUCCUCAUAUAAAAAUGGGUCCGGUAAAGACACAAACACGCUUUCAUACAGUGAUCUGGCUCAUACAGCAGAGGAGACAGAAACAUUUCAGUUUCUUACUGAUAUCCUUCCAAAGAAAAUCUUGGCCAGAGAUUAUCUGAAGACAUUGGAGGAAAUGGAAAAAGAGGAUGAUGAUGACGACAACCAAUAAUGGUAGACUGUAGUAGAGAAAAUCAAUGUGAAGUUCUUGACCACAUCCUCACUUCUCUCAAAAGAAAUAUAAAGGAUAAAAUCAUAGGACAUUGUCUUAUAAAUUAAGACAUUUCACCCGAAGAGUUGUUCCUGCACCUCUGUUGUUUUAGAGAGGUAAUGUAUGUGUUUUACUCUUACUGUAGUCUGUAUGUUUUAUGUCUAUUAGCCACUGUUGAUUCACAACCAAACUACAGCGAGUGCCUGUUUGGAAACCAGGAUACAUGUAUGCUUCAUUAGUCUUUUCGAUGAGAAUACUUGAUACCAUGAUUUUUGUAAGUUUUUUUUUGCAUGUUAAAGGAAAAUUAUUCAUUCAACUGCAACAACCCAAACAUCGAUACAUAGAUACAAAUGCUUUAUCAUUUGAACCACUUGACCACCGAGGACAAAAAUAAAACUGAUUUAUAUCUGAAUCUAUGCAGUAAACAGGUGAAAUAUAACUAUGCCAGUAGUUCACUGAAAUGAAUGUGUUGUCCCCUACAGUGCAGGUAUCCAAUCAUAACAUGCAACCAUACUUGAGGUGCUGUUCUUCAGCCUGGUCUGCUUAAACUCAUCAGAUUUUGGUACACAACUGUUUUUGGAUAUUUUGGCUUUCCAUGCACUGCAAGUUGUGACUUAUUUUUAUUUGAGAGUUUGGACUGCAGCUGAAGAUUUUUGUAGUGUGCUGUAUAGUUUUUUAAUGUUUGAAAAGUUUUUGUAUUUGAAUAAAUGAAU